CAUUAAUGGAUAGUGAAAGCAUUCCAAGUUUUGUAUUUGGGAGUGUUCUUUUUGGCAUCAUCAUCAUCAAGCUCUUUACAAAGCUAUGGCUGACUCCCAUGAGGAUUCAACGGUUCAUGAGGUCUCAGGGGAUCCAAGGCCCUUCUUACAACUUCAUCCAAGGCAACAUCGGAGAGAUGUACACCAAAAGAACCCACGCCAUAGCCACUCCCAUGGAUCUCUCUCAUCACAUACUCCCUAGAGUUAUGCCUCAUUUUCACUCGUGGCUCAACCAAUACGGAAAGACGUUCCUUCAGUGGUUUGGUAUGGAAGCUCAGUUGAUAAUUACAGAGCCGGAGAUGAUAAGAGAGUUGCUUUAUGAUCGACAAAAGAAUUACCCAAAGGCAAAACUCCCUUACAUGUUACAGAGAAUUUUUGGAAAUGGAAUUGUCACCUCCGAAGGUGAAAGAUGGGCCAAAUCCCGCAAAAUAGCCAACUUUGCUUUCCAUGGAGAAAACCUCAAAAACAUGAUCCCAGAUAUGAUCAGCUGUGCUGAGACGAUGCUACAAGGGUGGAAAUGUUAUGAAGGCAAAGAGGUCGAUGUGUUCCAACACUUGAAAGUUUACACAUUGGAUGUGAUUUCUCAUACGGCUUUUGGGAGCAAUUACGUACGAGGAAAGAACAUCUUUCAGAUGCUGCAAGAGCUCUGUGAUCUGUCAAUUAGAAAUGGAUUUAAAGUUAGGUUGCCGAUAAUCAGCAAGAUCUUCAAAUCUAAAGACGACAUCGAGGGAGAUCGGCUCGAAAAGGGAAUGAAAGAUUGCUUCAUGGAAAUAAUCAAGACCAGAGAAGAGAAGUUCAUAAAUGGGGAAGCAGAGGACUACGGGAAUGACUUUCUUGGAUUGCUUGUGAAGGCAAAGAACGAGGCAGAAGAAUCCCACAGGAUUUCUGUGGAUGAUAUUGUGGACGAAUGCAAGACAUUUUACUUUGCUGGCCAUGAGACCACCAACACUUUGAUUUCUUGGACUCUGUUUCUUCUGGCCCUGCACAACCAAUGGCAAGACAGAGCCAGAAACGAAGUCUCCAACAUAUUUGGACACAAAAUCCCAACACCAGAAGGCCUUCCAAAGCUAAAAACAAUGACGAUGAUCCUGAAGGAGUGCUUGAGGCUGUAUCCGCCGGCGAUGACAGUGACGCGGCAAGUGGUGGAGAAGGGAGUGAGAUUGGGGAGSCUGGYGCUKCCGGCSACGAUUCRGRUSACGAUYCCGACRGCKGCRGUKCAUCASGACACGGAAUWUUGGGGAGAAGACGCAGCGGAAUUCAGACCAGAGAGAUUUUCAGAGAGCAGUGGCAGCUCCGGCGCGUAUCUGCCGUUUGGAUUGGGCCCUCGAAACUGCGUGGGGAUGAACUUUGCAAUGAASGAAGCCAAAAUUGSGAUGUCCAUGAUUCURCAGCGAUAUUCMUUCACSCUSUCGCCGGCCUAYGCUCAYUCGCCCAUUCAGUUUCUUACCAUUUGCCCACAGCAUGGACUUCAGCUCAUACUUCAUUCCAUUUCACAUCACCAAGCCUCAGACUGAGGUGAUUGUAAAACAACACAAGUUUCUCGAAAUUAAAAGGGAAAAAAGAGUACAACUCAAUGUAAGCACGAUAUUAAACGUCGACAUGUCCAUCUAUUUAUCGGU